GAGCUUAGAGGAUCUGGUGGAGAUGAAGACUACUCCUGUUAUCUUGCUGGUUGCUGUCCUGUGCGUGGAGCAAGUUUAUCCGUUUAUGUGCUAUGUGUGCCAACAACAGGAGUCCAACAAAGACUGUUUAACCAUUUCCAUGUGUGCAAAGGAAGACAAAUACUGUGUGACUGUCCGUGACAAUGUUGGAACAAACCCCGACAAGCCUAAAUAUGUCAUCUCUAAGAUGUGCUCUCCAACGUGUAAUGCAACAAGUCAGCAACAAAACCAAGCCCAUCGGAAUGUUUCAUGCUGUGAGAAACCAUUGUGCAAUGUGAAUGGAGGCAGCAGCAAGCAAGGCAGCUAUGGAGCAAUGUUCCUGGGUGUCCUAGCUAGUAUCACUUACAUUUUUGCCUGUGGACGGUGAUGGGUUAGGAAAAGCUCUCUGUGUUGGCAUUAUUGUCUGAAAUAAAAGUGUGUUACACUAGGAUAA